GACACCGAAUUUCUGACAGAUGUAAUCCAAAACUAAAACAGAAACACCCGGUAGGAGAUAAAUAAAUUUUAGUUUCAGGAAAAGCAAAUCAAUGGAAUUUUAAGAUUUUUUAAAUAAUGGGGUCGGAAAGCGAAGAUGUUCACGUCGAAGAUUCAGAUGAAUCCCUUUUGGAUUUUAAGGAGAUUGAUGACUUGGAAUGUGACAUACCUCAGGUUGCCCCUCCAUCGCUUGAAAAUAUCCUGUGGGAUAUGGAAUCAGAGGCCAGUGAUAGUGCUUCGUUACAUUCUUUCCAGAGCAUGACUAAUAAGUUUCAUUCUAUGCUGUAUCAUUGUGUUCUGCAAGGUGUUUCUUCCCAGAUUUCUUCAGCAGCUGAUAGAGUUAAUGCAGGGUCGCCAACAGUAAUAACAAAUAGUUUAAACUAUGUAGCAGUGGGAACAUCACACGGAUAUAUUCUGGCAUUUGAUUGCCAGCAGAAUUUGUGUUGGUGUUGUCAUGAUACCAACACCAUCGAUCAGGGUGCAAUUUCAGCCAUAUCAUUUAAUUUGGAGUCAACGAGACUUCUGGUCGGUUAUGAGAGAGGAUUCAUUUCAAUGAUAGAUGCAUCAACGGGCGAUAUUCUUCGAAGAUUACCAGAUGCACAUGCUCCUCAAACAGCAGUGCUGUUACUAAGAUUCACAUUUCUCAGCAAUUUGGCUUUAUGCGGCGACUCAUCGGGGUGUGUGUUUUCUCUUUCGUUUAGUAGAAGACUGGGAGUCAGAUCGUGGAAUUCCAAGUGUCUGUUUUCAGGUGCUAGAGGAGAAGUUUGCGUUUUUGAGCCGCUAGUGCGAGGACACGACUUGAAUUUUCUCAACAACAAUGUUUUGGUAGCUAUGGCGACCUUAUCAAAGGUAAUAGUGAUAUCUGUACGGCCAAAGUUAAAAGUGUACUACAGCCAACAACUACCUCGAAUAUCAACCUCUCUACCCCUGAUAUCCUGGCAAUUGGUCUCCGUCGGUAAAUCAUUUCAGCCGGUUCUGGCUUGGGGUAGAGGCAACGAGCUACACUACACCCGGGUUGUUACGCACGGCUACAAUAACAAUAGGAUAACGUUGCUUCCAUUACGAAAAGUGCAAGUGCCGUACACCAUGAACUCUCUGCAUUGGUUGGGUACAAGACACUUAGCGAUUUUGGACACCAGCGAGAACUUAAGAUUGGUCGAAGUGAGGAAUCAGCGGGAGCUAGAAAUUUUGGAGAUAUCUAAUGCUGGUUUAGUUUACAAUUCGGCUCAUUUUAAGGCUCUGGCUGUCGGUGGAGGUGUCAGCGAGGCGUUUGCUUUAGCAGGUGAACGCGCCUGUUACAAUAGUUUAUCUAGUCGCGGAGACCAACUGUUGGUUUUGGGCACAAGGGCUGUACACAUGGUCAAGUUAAGAACCUGGUCCGAAAGGCUCUUCUACCUCAGCGAUCAAGGUAGGUGGGCGGAAGCGCUGAAUUUAGCAACUGCCGAAGGAUCUAGCAAAGAAAAAUUUGCCAUACCGUUGAUAAAUAAGUAUUUGGAGAAUAUAAAUUUGAAUCCGAUCGAUAAGGAGAGUCUUACGGCUGCUAUCAACUGUUGCAUAAAGUUGGGAAAGAUUGAUAUUUUAUGCAACGAACUAUACGAAGCUAUCUCCACUGACCAAAGUAAAAAAGACUGGUACUACACACUGUUAACCGAUCAGAUAUGUUCCGGAUCUCUGACGGUUCUAUCUCCGCUCAUAGCUCAACAAUUAGUAAGGUAUUUAGAAGAAAGAGACUGCGAAACGUUAGAAAAUGUGCUAUUAUCUUUAGAUAUAUCGUGCUUAGAUUUACAUCAGGUUUUGAAGAUUUGUAAGAAGUUGAAGAUGUAUAACGCUUGGAUCCACAUCACAACUGGUACUCUCAAGGAUUACACCAGUCCGUUGACUGAAUUUCUAUGUGAUUUUACUCCCGAUAAUCAUAAAUUAGGCAAUAUUUUACUAGUCUACGUUUCGUCUUGUUUGGCCGGUCUCGGCUACCCAAGCGGAAACAUACCUGACAAUGAAGCUGCUAGAGUAAAAUUUGAUGUACUGAGGUGCCUAGAGACGACUCAUUCUAUUAAAUGCAAUACCGACGAACCUAUUUAUCCGUAUUUGAGAGCCUUAUUGAAAUAUAAUACGAGGGAUUGUUUAAAUGUCGUCGAAUUGGCGUUUUCUCAACCAGAAUUUUCCGGAGAAAUGGGCCUUUUACAGAGACAAAGGCUGGUUCAGAUUUUAAUGCAGAUUGUUAAACCUGGAGAUUUUUCUGAUAGCCAAGUCAUCAAUUUGUCGUGUUUCGUCGCAAGAAUGGUAGCGUCGAAUAGUAUAUCUCUUGAUAACCACGUAUUAGAUUCGGCGAUUAAAUCUCUUACCGAAAUAGGUAAUUCGUUAUCUAUAAGAGAUAGAUCGGAGCGAGAGCAAGCGUGGCUUGAUUUGUUGAAUUUAAACAAAAUGAACCAUUUGAAAACUAGUCAUCUACUUAAGUUAGCGUUAGAAUCCAAAUGCUACAAGGUAGCAGAACGUUUGUAUGAAAUGCAAGGCGACUAUUCCAGCAUCUUGAAUUGUUACCUUCACGAUCCAGUGCGUAAAUACGAAGUAUUUAGUUAUAUUUUUAAGUACAUUAGCGUAAGCGAAAGACUCGUUCGAGAACAAUUCCUAGUGUGUUUUAAAGAUCUAGUCGCGAUAAGUGCUAAAAAGACCGUAGAGAUAGUGACUGAAUUUUUCCAGUCGUUGUUAGAACAACUUUGUGAUAUUUUGGAAAGUGAUCCGAACCUUCAGUAUGACUUUUUAAGUGAAAUAGUUCAAACAGACCUUAAGCUAACGUCACAACUAUCGGAGAAGUAUUUAGAGCAAUUAUGUGUGCGGAAUAAGUCACAAGUUUGUAAUUAUCUUCAAUCAAGUAACUGUAGGAACGAGGAAGCUCUAGAGAUUACCAGAAAGUAUGAGGUCCAUGAAGCUGUAGCGUUCCUUUUGGAGUCCAGCGGGGAAUGGAUGGAGGCUUUAGAGUUGUUUUUGGCGCAUGAAAUGGUCGAUGCUGCUGUCAGUUUGUGUAUACGAGGCGUAGAACAUUUAUCGCCUGAGGAUUCGCAGUCGCUGUGGUUGAAAUUGCUCCAAACUCGGAAUAGCAUCUCGGGGUUAUCACUAAGGCAUCUUCUACAUGCAGCUGCUCCGCACGUACCUCCUGCUCAGAUGCUCAACUUGGUGUCGAAUGCCAGUUUUGGAGAUGUGAGGGGAUUGGUGCAAGGCAUAUUAAAUGAUUAUGCGUAUGACAUCAAUAUGCUUACAACCACGUUCAAGUUGUUGGGUAAAGAUUUGCAUUUAGGUUUAGUGAAAGUCCUGUCGUCAAAAGGCAGAGGAACAGCAGUGUCCAAUCUUGUGUGCACACUGUGUCAAAAAAUACUCCUAUACAGAAAAGAACUAGACAGCAAUGAAUCAUUCUAUGUAUGGAAUUGCGGUCAUUGUUUUCAUUCUGCGUGUAUUAAUGGUGCUGAAGUAAACGAUACUUGUCCUCAAUGUAGACAUAAGGGAGCUAUGUUACCAAAAAUCAAGAGACUUACGAAUAAGGAAGAUGAUAAUACAGUCAAUCAUCAGAGUAGACCAGACCUCGAAGGUCAUUUUUGAUUAAAUUAUUGAAAUUUUAGCUAAACAAUUCUGUUAUUAAAUAAUAGAAAGUCUAUUUAUAUUUAUUAUUUUAAAUAUUUUAUUAAAUUUAUAUUUGCACCA